AUGACCUUCAUUCCCAGUCCCCAGAAAGGCAUCAUUAUAAAGAACGUACAGAGGUCGUUCAAGGGGUGCUACCAGUGCUUGGCAAAGCAGAACGGAGUGGAGAAGAUUUCAGAACAUAUUUUCCUGAACGUGAGGCCAGAGGAGCAUCCAGUCAUUAGAGAUGGGGUGCAAGGGGAACUAACGAAGGUUGCUGGAUUUAUGCCAGCUGAGUAUGUGCCCACUUCCUCCUGUCUUGGUCUUCCUGACUCACCUGAGGAUUUGAUGUCCAAGGGAAAAAAAAGAACUGUAUUGACAUACAUUGAAUUUGUCUUUUUUUCAGGUGGUUCAUUGCCGCAUGAAGAAUCUUCACUUGUUGUGAAUAAAGGAGAGGAAUUAAGACUGAAAUGCAGUGAGGACGGACCCGUGACUUGGAAUUUUCAGAACUCUGACCCGUCGGCAAAAGCAAGGAGCUCCAGUGAGAAAGAGUGGUACACCAAAAAUGCAACAACCAGAGACACAGGCAGAUACAUAUGCAAAAGUAAAGGGAGCAUUGUCACCUCUUUCUAUGUUUUUGUUAAAGAUCCAGAUGUGCUCUUUCUUGUUGAUUCUCUGAUAUAUGGAAAAGAAGACAGUGAUAUCCUGCUGGUGUGCCCAUUAACAGAUCCAGAUGUGGCCAAUUUCACUCUGAGAAGAUGUGAUAGCAAACCCCUGCCCAAGAACAUGACCUUCAUUCCCAAUCCCCAGAAAGGCAUCAUUAUAAAGAACGUACAGAGGUCGUUCAAGGGGUGCUACCAGUGCUUGGCAAAGCAGAACGGAGUGGAGAAGAUUUCAGAACAUAUUUUCCUGAACGUGAGGCCAGUUCACAAAACUCUUCCAGUCAUUACCUUAUCCAAAACCUAUGAGCUUCUCAAAGAAGGGGAAGAAUUUGAAGUUACAUGCACAAUCACAGAUGUGGACAGCAGCGUACAAGCAAGUUGGAUUUUUCACAAAAGUGGGAUUGUUACAAGCAAAAGCAGAAAUUUGGGUGAUUAUGGAUACGAAAGGAAAUUAACAUUGAACAUCCGUUCAGUGGGAGUUAAUGAUUCUGGAGAAUUCACAUGCCAAGCAGAAAACCCUUUUGGAAAAACCAGUGCCACUGUAACCUUGAAAGCACUAGCUAAAGGAUUUGUCCGUUUGUUUGCAACAAUGAAUACCACAAUAGAUAUAAACGCAGGACAAAAUGGAAAUUUAACAGUUGAAUAUGAGGCGUAUCCAAAACCGAAGGAAGAAGUGUGGAUGUACAUGAACGAAACAUUGCAGAAUUCAUCGGAUCAUUAUGUCAGAUUCAAGACUGUGGGCAACAACAGCUACACAAGUGAACUUCACCUUACCCGAUUAAAAGGAACAGAAGGAGGCAUUUACACGUUCUUUGUGUCCAAUUCUGAUGCCAGCUCCUCUGUAACAUUUAAUGUCUAUGUGAAAACAAAACCGGAGAUUCUCACUUUGGAUAUACUUAGCAAUGAUAUUCUCCAGUGCAUAGCAGCCGGCUUCCCAGCCCCUACCAUAUAUUGGUAUUUUUGCCCAGGAACUGAACAGAGGUGUUUUGAUUCACCAACAAUAUCCCCCAUGGAUGUGAAAAUCAGUUACACAAAUUCCUCGGUGCCGUCCUUUGAAAGAAUUCUAGUUGAGAGCACCAUCAACGUCAGCUUGUUCAGGAGCACCGGCACCGUCUGCUGCGAGGCCUCCAGCAACGGGGACAAAAGUUCAGCUUUCUUCAACUUUGCUAUUAAAGAACAAAUCCGUACUCAUACCCUUUUCACACCCUUGCUGAUCGCAUUUGGAGUAGCCGCAGGACUGAUGUGCAUCGCAGUCAUGAUUCUGGUGUACAUAUAUUUGCAGAAACCCAAAUACGAAGUUCAGUGGAAAGUUGUUGAAGAAAUAAAUGGGAACAACUAUGUUUACAUAGACCCAACACAACUUCCUUAUGAUCACAAAUGGGAGUUUCCUAGAAACCGGCUGAGUUUUGGCAAAACCCUUGGUGCUGGAGCUUUUGGAAAGGUAGUUGAAGCCACUGCUUAUGGUCUGUUUAAAUCUGAUGCUGCUAUGACAGUAGCAGUAAAAAUGUUGAAACCAAGUGCCCAUUUAACAGAAAGAGAAGCUUUGAUGUCAGAGCUUAAAGUCCUGAGUUACCUCGGUAACCACAUUAAUAUUGUGAAUCUACUUGGAGCUUGCACUAUUGGCGGUCCCACUCUGGUGAUCACAGAAUAUUGCUGCUAUGGUGAUCUUUUGAAUUUUCUGAGGCGGAAACGAGAUUCGUUUAUUUGUCCGAAACAUGAAGAACACACAGAAACAGCGGUUUACGAGAACCUGGUGCACCAGGCAGAGCCUGCAGCUGAUGUUGUCAAUGAGUACAUGGACAUGAAACCAGGAGUGUCAUAUUCAGUCCCACCAAAAGCUGAUAAAAAAAGACCAGUUAAGUCUGGAUCCUACACUGAUCAGGAUGUUACCCUUUCUAUGUUGGAAGAUGAUGAACUUGCUCUAGAUGUUGAAGAUCUACUAAGCUUUUCUUACCAGGUGGCAAAGGGCAUGAGCUUCCUUGCCUCUAAAAAUUGCAUUCAUAGGGAUCUGGCAGCAAGGAAUAUUCUCCUCACUCAUGGUCGAAUAACAAAAAUCUGUGACUUUGGCCUGGCAAGAGAUAUAAGGAAUGAUUCAAAUUAUGUGGUCAAAGGAAAUGCUCGACUUCCAGUGAAGUGGAUGGCACCUGAAAGUAUUUUUAAUUGCGUUUACACCUUUGAGAGUGAUGUCUGGUCUUAUGGAAUAUUGCUGUGGGAACUCUUUUCUUUAGGAAGCAGCCCGUAUCCAGGGAUGCCCGUGGACUCCAAGUUCUAUAAAAUGAUCAAGGAGGGAUACAGGAUGUUCAGCCCCGAGUGUGCACCACCCGAAAUGUAUGACAUAAUGAAGAGUUGCUGGGAUGCUGAUCCUUUACAGAGACCCACAUUUAAACAAAUCGUCCAGCUGAUCGAGCAGCAGCUUUCAGAUAAUGCCCCCCGGGUUUACGCAAACUUUUCAACUCCACCUUGCAGUCAAGGAAACGCUACAGAUCACUCCGUGCGCAUUAAUUCGGUGGGUAGCAGCGCUUCCUCGACUCAGCCUCUCCUGGUACGUGAAGAUGUUUGAAAGAGGAGUUGGUGGCUGGAGCAAGAGGAGCCCGGAUGGAUUUGCUGUUUGUAUUUUGCAGGGGGUGAGAGAGGGAUGACUUCAAUAAUUUCUCAUACUUUUACUCACUACUUCCACCGUGUAGCUGAAAUGUUGUUGUAAUACUGUCCUUUACCACUCACUGUUACACAUAAACUUAAUCUGCCAAGCACGGUUACAGGCGUCAUUGCAAUGUUAACUGAAGCUGUAUAUAUGUUGCUAUAUUGUGUGUAUUUGCGGUAGAGAGCCAGAUCUGAAGAAAAAAACAGAAAAAAAAAUAAUCGUGAGCCAAGGUGUGGAAUGAGAUGACUACAGAUCAAACCAAAUCUGCAGCGGUCCUGCUCUGGAUCUGUGCCUGGAAAGCGUUUCAUCAUUUUUCUAGUUAACUUUAUUUUGCUGGGUUUAAGAAAUAAAUUAAUACAAAGCUAGUUGCUUUGCAGGCCCCUUCCCACAGGCAGCCGUGCCUGCGAACCGUUCCCAGGCGGAUGCGGCGAGGGUGCUGGACGUGCCGGGCCAUGGGGACGAAUCCCUGCGGCCGCAAAGCCUCCCAGGUGCCGGGGGAUUCGAACCGGCGGCCGAGAGGGCAGCGCAGGCGGGCGCGACCCCGCCGGGGAGCCGGAGGCAGAGCGGAGCGCGGCCCCCGAAGCCGGGAGCCCGCGGGCACCCUGCGCCCCGGCCGCGGCAGCGGGAGGGCUCAGGCACUUGUUUUGCUCGUAGUUGCAUCCAAAAGUGGUCACCGAAGAUAGGUGGGUCAGUCGAAAUACCGGAGAGCCGUUUAUGACGAACCGCGUGCGCGGAGGAGAGGCUGUUUAACGGGUCAUCUUAUCUAAAGGAGAGCAGAAGCUCCAAGUCCUCUCCUGAGAGCCCUUCGUUUAUCUUCCCGUGCCCAGGUGAAUAUUUCUAACUGGAAAGGGCCAUUCCCUCCCCACCCCGGUGGUUUCGUCUUUCUAGCUCUAUCGUAGCGCUGGGACCACAACGGAGGAGAAGAGCUGCACUGGGAGGCGUUGGGGUCGGUAUCUGUCGAGCCCAGGAUUGUGCUCAAGUGUUUUAUAGCCCCUUCCCUUCCCAUCAGAAACACUGCUAGUUCUUUCCUUCCUUCGUUUCCGUCACCUAUAAAUUAGCAAAUGCAUUGAGAGGAGCAUUUCAGAGGCAGAGUACCUAUUUAUUUACAAUGCACUUAAGCACUCUGUAACUUAUACUUUACCAGGAUUUUGGUUGAGUUUACAUUCAUUUCAAAUGUGUAACUAACUGCCCAGAUGCAAGAUAGUUGUAAAUAAACACACACUGGUAGUAUAUUUUAGGUUAUAUGGAAUACCACACUCUUUAUGUGACUGUGCAUUUGGUUUAUUGCUGCAGAAAUUUGUCUUUCGAAGCUAGUCAGAAGUUAGCCAUUUGCACUGAACUUACCUAGGCUGUUGCACCUUUCCAAAGUUAGCCGGUUGUUUGGAGGCACUCUUAUGCAUACUUGUUGUUGAGCAUUUUCAGUUUAAUGCUAUAAAAGCUCUUUCGUAGUGUGUUGGCUUUCAGAGCAACUGUAGACAAACUAGUUGUUAUAAUUAUAGAUGUCUCGGUACUUUACGGACACUUAGCUGAAAGAGGUUUUGGGUUUUUUCAUUCUUGAAAUUUAUAUUUUUAUAAUUUGGGGAUUUUUGAAACUUACUUUGCCAUGGCUUGGUGUUUUGAAUGGUUUUAUGCAUUGUUCUUGUAAAUAUGGAAAUGUAGCAAUAAUGUCCUUUUGACUAUUCUCAGUC